CGGUUGACAACACCUCGAUGACGUCACACAGGAGGAAGCACAAAACAAGAUGGCGUCUGGCGGAGAAUACGUUGUUUUGGUUAUUAUGGUUUCUAGGUCUUAAUUACAACGUACAUGUGCACAGGUGUGUCGUUUAACGCGGUAAACGUCCUUAUUAAUUGUUUGUAUGCGGAUACAUUAGUCUGAGUGCACUUUGACGUGCUAGCCUAGCCUGCUGGUUAGCUUAGCUUGUUAGCUGCUAACAAAGAGAGGCGGAAGUGAUCGACACAUCAAAGCAGAGAUCCAAUGUCGGGUCGCGGGGCCAGCAGCCUAAGUAGGGAAGCCCAGCCUUUCCUUUCUCCAGCCACUUCAUACAGCUCUUUCUAGGGGAUCCCGAGGCGUUCCAAGGCCAGCCAGUUUCUAACAUAAUAGUGAGAGUCCAGUCCAUAGUGGGGCCAGACAGAGACCAUCCCGAGCGCAGACAGACGUCUGUGAAGAACAUCUUCACCCUCAGCAACAGAAGUGGAGCUUCAGGAUGCAGACGGAGGAGCCACAGCCCUCCCACAUUAAGAAGGAAGAGGAAUACCUUCAGAUCUCCCAUUUUAAAAAGGAAGAGGAAAACCCACUAAUCCCCCAGUUUAAAGAGGAAGCGGUGGAUCCACAGAGCCCACACAUUAAGGAAGAAGAGGAGGACCCACUGACCCCUCACAAUAAAGAGGAAGAGGAAGAACACAGCAUCAAUCAGCAGGGAGAGCAUCUUGAAGGACUGGAGGAGGUUGAUGUCACCAAGAUGCCAGUGACUGGUGUCCCUGUGAAGAGUGAAGGUGAUGAGGUGAAAGGUGAAAGUGAGGAGAGGGGAGGGGGGGAGCCUCCAAGCAGCAGCUCAACACAACACAUGACAACAGAAGCUGAUGGAGACCACUGUGGAGGAUCACAAGCAGACAAGCUCUUAGCUCCACUAUCAGAUAGUGAGGACACAACGUCACACUCUCCUGACACUGAUGAUGAAGACUCUAAAGAUGAUAAGACAUGUCACACUGACAACACUCACUUCACAUCUUUUCACUGUCACAAAACCUUUAAAUACCAUUGUCGUCUGAAAAGACACAUGAGAACACACACUGGAGAAAAACCUUUUAUCUGUUCAAUAUGUGGUAAUGGUUUUACACAAAGUUGGAGUUUGAAAUUGCACAUGAGAAUACACAGUGGUAAAAAACAUUUUGUCUGUUCAACCUGUGGUAAAGGUUUUACACAAAGUACAGAUGUGAAAAUACACAUGAGAACACACACUGGUGAAAAACCUUUUUCCUGUACAACCUGUGGUAAAGGUUUUACAGAAAGUCAAAAUUUGAAAAGACACAUGAGAACACACACUGGUGAAAAACCUUUUUCUUGCUCAGAAUGUGGUAAAGAUUUUGUUCAAAGUAAACAUUUGAAAGUACACAUGAGAACACACUGGUGAAAAACCUUUUUCUUGCUCAGAAUGUGGUAAAGGUUUUGUACAAAGUCCCCUUUUAAAAGUACACAUGAGAACACACACUGGUGAAAAACCUUUUGUCUGUUCAAUCUGUGGUAAAGGUUUUACAGAAAGUCGAUGGUUGAAAGUGCACAUGAGAACACACACUGGUGAAAAACCGUUUUCCCGGUCAAUCUGUGGUAAAGGUUUUACAGAAAACUGGUGUUUGAAAGUACACACUAGAACACACACUGGAGAGAAGUCCCAUUCCUGUUCAAUCUGUAACAGAAGCUUUUGUGAAGGAUCAAACCUUGUAGCACACAUGAGAAGACACCCAGGAGAGAAAGUGUUGAGUUGCAGUGUGUGUGGUGAAAGAUUGUCUUCUAAGUACCAGUGUAAGAAACACAAGUGUGCUGGUGAGAACAGCAGCAGCAAAUGAAACCGCAGGAUUUGAAAUAAACUGUCCAGACUUUCAUUUUGACUUUCUAACAACAUCAGCACAUAUAACAUGUGUGACAUUGUUGUUUGUGUAACAAUCUUUUUAAUAUGCUUCCACAUUCAUAGAUUAGAUAUUUUAUAUUAAUGAUUUUAUCAGUCAAGCACAUGCAUUAAUAUGCAACAUUGUGUACUUUUAUUAAAAAAUGGACAGAACAAUUUGAGUAGAUUAGAUAGUAAACAGUACAAUACAUAUUUUACAUGCAAUAAACAUUUUGUGUGUAUGUAUACACACACACACACACACACACACACACACACACACACACACACACACACACACAUAUAUAUAU